AGAGAUCGGCUGGGGAGCUGUUGCGGUCCUAGUAGCUGUUUGGGACGCGUCUCCAAUCGAAAAGCAAAACUAUGGAGGACAGCACGUUUUUAUUUACAUCCGAGUCUGUCAGUGAGGGACACCCAGAUAAAAUAUGUGACCAAGUUAGCGAUGCGGUUUUGGAUGCCUGCGUCAAAGACGACGAAACUUCGAGAGUCGCUUGUGAGUGCUGCACUAAAACUGGCAUGAUAAUGAUAUUUGGAGAGAUCACUACAUCUGCGACAGUGAACUACGAGGCCGUUAUUCGUGAGACGCUCAGAGAGAUCGGCUAUGAUGACCCUGCCAAGGGCAUGGACUAUAAAACUGUAAAUGUUAUCGUUGCUAUUGAAGAGCAGAGCCCAGACAUAGCCCAGAGUGUUGACGCCACCAAGAUCGAAGAAAUCGGCGCAGGCGACCAAGGUAUUAUGUUUGGUUACGCAACUGACGAAACAGAAGUCAAGUUCAUGCCUUUGACACAUGUCCUUGCAACCCAGCUUGGCAUGCGUCUCACUGAGGUUCGUAAGACGAAGCUCUUGGACUGGGUUCGACCAGAUGGCAAAACUCAAGUUACAUGCGAAUACAAGAUGAAAGCUGGUCGUCCACUACCACAGCGAGUCCAUACAAUAGUAAUUUCAACACAACAUACUGAAGCUGUUAGCCAGGAGCAAAUUCGAGAGAGUCUCAUGGAGCAAGUUGUGCGCGCUGUUGUUCCCGGAAAAUAUCUCGAUGAUGAUACCAUAUACCACAUGAAUCCUUCGGGGCGUUUUAUCAUUGGUGGUCCUCAUGGAGACGCGGGUCUUACUGGUCGCAAGAUUGUAGUCGACACUUACGGGGGCUGGGGUACACAUGGUGGUGGUGCGCUAUCCGGCAAGGAUACAACAAAGGUUGACCGCUCGGCGGCAUAUGCGGCAAGAUGGGUUGCAAAGUCACUUGUAAAUGCUAGGCUUUGCCAUCGCGUUUUAGUUCAGCUGGCGUAUGCAAUAGGGGUUGCCUAUCCAAUAUCUAUCCACGUAGAUUCGUACGGUACUGGACCUUCUUUGAGUGGUAAAACCGAUGUUGAAUUAGUCGAAAUUAUUAAAGCCAACUUUGAUCUUCGCCCUGGCUGCAUUGUGCGUGAUUUGCAACUUCGGCGACCAGUGAUGCAGAAGACUGCAGCUUAUGGCCACUUUGGCCGUGAUGAUGAUUCUUUUACCUGGGAAACCCCCAAGGAGCUGUCGUUGUAAUUUGAGCCCGACGGGGCUCGCACCACGGCCUCGGCAGGCGGGUUCAACCGCACGUCCGGCACCAGCGUCCGGCAUUCUAGUCUGCCUCUAGUCGCCCCCCUAAUCGCACCAGUCGCCGCCUGGCAGCUUGAGGUCGCUCCAGGAAGACGAACACCGCAGCGGAACACCGCCACCGCGGUAGCGGUCACAGGCCAGCAGAAGCUCAGGGGGAGCACGAGUAUGUUCUGUGACAUACC